AUGCGAACACAUAAAGCAGUUUUACUUUGUCUUAAUUUUCAAUGGCAACCGAGCAACAGGCGUUCAAUACAAAUUGUUAAUGAUAUAAUUCCUAAAUCUCAAGCUAGUACUGGUUACAUUUUAUCUCGUUAUGCAAUAGAAACGAUUACACCUAAUAUAUCAUCAAUUCAUUAUACAGAAAUAAGAUCUUUUGAGUAUACAAUUUGUCGAAAUAAAUUUAAAAACUUAUGGAUCAUAUUAAAUAAUCUAUUAGAUAAUGAUAAUAUAACAAUUGACAAACAUAUUCAAGUAGAAGAAGGUUUAAAUGAUAUUAUAAGAUUAAAUAUAAAUAAUAAAACUGAGAAAAUAAAGUUAACAUGUAGAAUAGAAUAUUUAAAUGAUCCCUCGACAGACAUACAACGUUAUCGAUUAAAUAAAAAAAAUUUAUUUGGUAUCAUAUUUCUUAUAACAUGUGUUGCUCUUACAUUAAUACUUUGUAUUGGAUGGUUUAUUGUUAUAUAUUAUCGUCAAUAUGAAAGACGUCAAAUAAAAAAUAAACUUAAAAAAACACUUGCACAUUCAAUUCAACAAAUACUUAAUAAAACACCAAUUAUUAUAUUUAAUUCAAAGAAUAAAACUAAUGAUUAUAUUGAUGAUGAUCCAAUGUGUGCUAUUUGUUUAGAAUCAUUUAUUGAUAAUGAAAAAAUUCGAAAACUUAUAUGUUUACAUUAUUUCCAUAUUGGAUGUAUUGAUCCAUGGUUAUUAGCUAAUCAAAGUUGUCCAUUAUGUAAUCGAAAUAUUUUAAAAGAUUAUGUCCCAUCAAUAUCAGCGAACAUUGCAUCAACUAAUGAAGAACUUAACAAUCAAGAAUCAAGCUCUACAAAUACAUCGAAUUUUAUUAAUAAUAGACCUUUUAUUGAAUUGUAA